ACAAUACCGUGCGCGAUCAAUAUUUAGAGUUAAGAAAUACCCUCUGUGACUCAGAUACGUGUUGUAUGUGUGUUUCUUCGGUUAUAUUUUCACGUAAAGAUGUCUCUUUUUGGGAUUAAGCUAUUCGGCUCAAAGAAAACACCUCCUACCCCAGCGGAGGCAAUCCAAAGAUUGAGAGAUGUGGAAGAAAUGUUGAUGAAAAAGUCCGAUUUUCUGGAAAAGAAGGUUGAGGCAGAACUUCAAACAGCCAAGAAAAAUGGAACCAAAAACAAAAGGGUUGCCUUGAUGGCAUUGAAGAGGAAGAAGAGAUACGAGAAGCAACUAACCCAGAUUGAUGGUACCUUGUCAACAAUAGAGUUCCAGAGAGAAGCAUUAGAAAAUGCAAGCACAAACAGUGAAGUUCUUAAAGUGAUGGGCACUGCUGCUAAAGCCCUCAAAGGUGCACACGACAACAUGGAUAUUGAUCAAGUACACAAUCUGAUGGACGAUGUGGCUGAACAACAAGAAAUUGCUAAUGAAAUUUCAGAAGCAAUUUCAAACCCAGCUGGAUUGGGUGAAGAUUUUGAUGAGGAUGACCUUUUGUCUGAACUGAAUGAGCUUGAGGAAGAAGAGUUGAACAGACAACUGCUUGAUGUCAAUGUUGAUGUUCCUCAAGACCUGCCUUCCGUCCCCACAUCAGAACCUGAGGCUGCAGCUGCAUCUUCACGGGGUAGACCUGUGGCUGCCAGGGCUGAUGAUGACGAUGAUAUGAAAGAACUUGAGAUGUGGGCUUCCUAAACUAUCACUGUGGAACUAGCAUGCAGCGACAUUGUCCUUUCAUCUACAGGAGCUAUAACAAAAUCACACUAUCACUGAUGUCAUCACUCUACAAAUGCUUCAGAGAAAUCCCAUCCAUUGAAGACGUACUCUGCUUCGCAGUCUGUGCUCAUUGCACUGUAGGUAUAGUUAAUGGUCUCUGUGACAUUGAUCUAGUCACGGCCUAAGAUCAGUGUAAUUGUUGACUGCAGCAUUUGUAGACAUAGGAAAAUUUGAGGAAGAGUCACGAAUGACAUGAAUCAGCUUGCUGGAACUGCCUGUCGGUCCAAUCGUAGUUACGUUACUUUUAUCAUUUCACAGAACUUGAAAAGUGGUCAUAUGUUGAUCCUGUGCAACAGGCUCUGGCACAUGUAACAUUAACAAAAUCAAAAUUACUUAAAACAUCUUAGCGUAACUGGAUUCCAAAUUGCAUUUGUAACACAUCUAAAAUCUUUAUGGGAAAAAAACCAGGUGACUCAAGCUACACUUCGAAAUAAAAAACAUGAUCUGUGAAUGACUUUCUUGAGACACGUGAGAUCAGUGAUAAUGUGUUUUUGAGUGGCGUUUGACAUAACUACUAGUUGAUGUAUACCAUGUCCUCCGUUAGGCUACCAAUGAAGUUAUAUCGUUGUAAUCAAUCUGCAUGAAUAUGAAGUAUGCUUCAAUUCAUCAAAUCAUUCUUUCAUGCAUUUUAUUUUCAUAGUUUCUCCUUGAAUGUUUAAUGUGAAAAAAUAAGCAGGCAUCCCUCUGAAUACUAGUAUUCAGUCAAAAUAAUGUCUUUUGACUGCCAAUAUAUAUCUGUUACCAAGUGAUUUUAAUAUUCAUGUCAUAUUUAUGUUAUAUAUGAUGAAAAGUGAAGAUUAUUUGACUCUAAUAUACAUAAAAAGAAAUAUGGGUCUAUGAAUGUUUCAUGGCUGCACUCCGAAGUGUCCCUGAUGUGUACAUACUGACAUCAUCUUGAUAUUUGUGUCAAAUGCCUCCAUGUGUGGCUUUGUAUUGGUUUACUCCAACUAACAAUUUCAUGUGAUAAUUCGAUACCUGACUAGUCUGAUCAGAGCCAGCCAUUGCUGGCCAUUACAGUGACGUUGCAAAUAGAUGUUACAAAGAAACUUAAGGAGUCCGGGGUAUUUAGCCUAUGAAGUUGUAUUUGACUAUCCUACUUCUUAUCUGUUGGCCAUGAUUUAUGAUCAUAUUUCUCCAAAAAGUGUAAUUUGUAAUAGUUUUGGAAGACUGUAUGUUUAAGUCAGUGUAUGAAAUAAGGCCCGUCUGACCGCCCGAGACGGGCUAUAUUUCUGAUGGUCUAAAUUUACAGCUUGCCAGCCCGAUAGAUGUUCCAACAUUUGAGUAUGUUCCAUAUCUUCUGAGUAAAUUGGUUAAAUCUUUUUGGGCUGGUAACAGUUUGAAGUUAUAAGCCCUGAUGUCUGGCUGGAUUUAGGGCUUAUUUCAUACACUGUUUAAGUACAAAAAUAAUGGCGGCUGGUGUAUUGUUUGAGUUGCCAGGUGACUUCACCUAGUGUUUUGUUUUGCAAAUAUUGAUUAAGGACAUCAAAGUCUUAUCACUUGAUAUUGCAAUUUUAAUACAGUUGCUAUGCAUACUUUAUGGUUAUUGUUACAUUUGUGAAUUUUAGCCACUUCCACCCACCCUGUUUUGAACUGUUUAAGAGUGAUCACUUAAAGUUUCACAGUCUUACCUCCCUGGCACACUUUUAGGGUAUUGUUUUUGUCCAUAUAGUGCAAGAAACAAACAACUACCUUAUCUGUCAAAAUCCUGAUGUCAGCUGGCACCGAUUUGUUUGUAUCAUAUUUUCAAAACCCAAAUAUAUAUACCAUGUCAGUGGUUUCUCUGAUGCGAGACAAAUGUGUCAUACUCCAUGUUAGAACAUUCGUGUCAAAAUUGUACUGUUGAAUGUAUUAGUGUAAACUCACGUACAAAUAUGUAGAUGACAUGUUGCCAAGUGUCACGUGAUCUGCUUGUGGUGCCGUUACACUUGCAUGCUGCCAUGCUGUCUAAACUGAUCUGUAAAUAAAGUACUACAGUGGUAUGCUGGAUGCUAAGUCUGGAGAGGCGUCGUGCCUGUAGAAGUAUGUACAAAUAUGUGUAAAAUUUGUGUACAGGAUCACUGUUUUAAUCUUGUCGUAUAUACCAUAUCGCCGUUAGAACUCAGCUCUGUCAACACUUAUCAUAUUUUGAUAAAUAAUUCAAUAAAACUGUUAUCACAUAA